CAUCCACAAGCCCAACGCAGCUGAGCUGAGCUGGCAGCACCUCUCCCACUCAUUCCAUCAUCAUCAACUAUCUCCAUCAACGUUCCUAUCAAUACCGCCGGUAGCGCGUCAUGGCUGGCGACUGAUUCCAAUCCCGCCAACGACCGACUUCACGCGCGCACCGCUCCUUUAAUAUCGCUGUUCCCCCUUGUCCGAUCAUCGCCGACCGACUGGAGAGAGGGAGAAUAUGGACCCGUCUCUGAAGCGCGACGUGCCUGCUUCGGCUGCGAAUUCUACGAAUUUACCAUCUGCUACGACGAAUAAACAACAGAAGAAACCUUCGCUCGGUCGCAUUCUGUCAUUACCGCCCAAAUGGCUGUCUACGUAUGAGGAGUUCAUAACGAAGAAUGCCGGUCAGGUGUCACAGAUUGAGAGCGCUCUACGGAGCUUAACAUAUAUAAUUCCAGGCCGCUUCCGCGAUGCCGAAAUCGCAUCUGAGUCAAUCCACUCGGGUGUCCAACUUCUCUCUCUCUACCAUGACUCCCUCCUGCAAAAGGCCAUCGCGCGUCUGCCGAUGGCGAGCAUGCCAUCGGCACAUGCUCGAUAUACACGAUACUGGACUCAACGGAGUGGUGCAUACCGAAGAAUAGCUAUGUUUUUACAAAUGAUCAUCUAUACAGAGAUGCUAUGGGAGAUGACAGCAAAGCGACGAGGUGGCGAGAAGUCACGGUGGAAGGUAGUCGUGAUCCUGGAAGCACUGAAGGCCUUCUGCCGUCUUCUACUCCUGCGCAUCACCCGGUCGCGCCCACUGGUCACGCCCGUGCUGCCUGAACGUGAGCCCAUCCCUGAAGAUGCGGCCGCAGAUGAAGAGGAAGAGAUUGCGUACCGAAGUGAAAGUGAACUCAUGGACGAUGUUUCGGUGAACGGCUCUGCGUCAGGAUCUUCGCGGGACAUGAAACCCGCGCACGAGCGUGAAUGGACCAUGCCCCGAACAGGAAUGAGCUUACCAUCAUUACCAGAGGGAGGAGACAUCAGCUCGUAUUUGUUGGGACGCGUGCUUACAGCUGACGACAUCAAACCCGCGACUAAGCUCCUAAAUCAACUUCAGGGAAGUGGUCAGGGUGCUGAGAUACUGCAGAUCUUGUCACCGCUUAUCUACGCUUCAGCCAUGGCCUACAACAUCAGGAGAGGUGGCGACAAGAAGAACUGGACCCCUUGGUUGAUCGGCUUUGCAGUCGAGUAUGCUGCCCGGCAAUUACGAGACCGAGGGUUACGAACUACAUCCCUUGAACGGGAAGAAUGGAGCAAGCGUGGUUGGGCCAUGGGUUGGUGGGCGAUGAGGGGCGCUGCAUACGAGAACAUCACCAAGGGAGUCGUCGGAGGUGUAACGAAGAGAAUGCCCUCCUUCAUCGGCGGUAUCCUCGAGGACUACGAGUACCUCUGGGAGAAUUACUACUUUAGCACGAGUGCAUAAAGUGUACUACUCACUGCACUGAACUUGGUUUGGAAAGCGGACCAUGUCGUCUCAAGUACAUUGAAGAUUAUACUUCGCCGAGACAU